UCUCUCUCUCUCUCUCGCUCUUUUUCUCUCUCUUUUCAGUCAAAGUUUGAUCUUCCAAGUCAUGCUAGGAAGUGGGUUAUGAAGUGCUCUGGUAAGAAGUUAAAAGACUGGAAGGCAAACUUAAAGAAAAAUUAUUAUAAGAACCACUUGAGUUUUGACCAACAAAAGCAUUAUAAAGAUAGUAGAGUAUAUGCUGAUCAGUGGGAACAUCUUAUUAAGUUUUGGAACAUCGAAGAAGUAAAGGCACAAAGUGAUAAGAACAAAGCAAGUUGUGCAGAGCGAAAGUAUAAUCAUACUACUGGAACAAAAAGUUUUCCACGUGUUCGAAAGGAGCAGAAAAAUAAGUUGGGACACUCUCCAACUCGUGCUCACAUGUUUAAAGUAUGUUAUACAAAGGAGACUGGAAUCCUUGAGGCAACGAAAGCAAUGAUAGAUGAAAUGAAUGAGAGGACAACCUUAAAUGCAAAUUUAUCGAAUAAGGGCCCAAAUGAUGCAUUUGGACAAGUGAUGGGUAAAGAAAAACAUGGACGAGUUCGCAUGUAUGGAUUAGGUGUCUCCCCGUCUAAUUUAUGGAGAGAUACAUCUGGUCAUGAAGCAAACCAAGACACAACAAUGGAUGUUAUGGAAGCUGAAAAUUCGGAGCUAAGGUCCAAAGUUUCCCAUGUUCAGCAUGCUCCGAAUAACUGGACAAACACAUCUAAUCAGGUGGGAGAUAUAGUUGUUCUAAAAAGUAUCAUUAGGCCAACAGAAACAGUUGCAAUCGGAGUACUUAAAAGCACAGACGCAUCUAAGGAAGUAGAAGGGGAAGAACUGGGACUUGACUAUUGGGAGGUACAUGUUCAAGUGCCAAUCAAACCUAAUGAGAGCUUGAUUCGAUCAUAUGGACUUGUCAAAACAAUUGGACAAGCUAUUGGAGCUCAUGUUGCUUGGCCUGCUCCAUUUGUGAUUUCACAAGUUAUGGAUACUAGCCGAGAAUAUUUAUACAAGUGA